GGCUCUUCCUAUUGAACUUGGAAGUCCACUGUGACGUUCGAUCCGUAAGUUACAUGUACUUGCCCGCCGUUAAGCUUAAGUCGUACAUGGGAAAUGUACAAGUACAUCUUCUUUAGCUUCGAUGUUCAGCCGACGCGCGAGUUACAUUAUAUGUAACAGUGAGCAUUACACCUUGAGCUCUCUUUUAAGCGUCAAUCCUUUUAUUUUUAUUCAUUCAUAUCUAACAUAUUUUAUUUUACCAUACCUACAUAGUAGAUUGUAGGUGACACCUAUUACUUAAGGAUCUAAUGCAUAAAACACCAUAAUCGCUUUUUAAUUUCAGACAGACCAAAAAGAGAUAAGAGAAAUAGCAAAUUAAAUAUCCAUGGUCUUCAACAUUCGCCCGCCGCAAAGGUUCGCAGAUCCGCAAGCUGCUGGUCGUUGUCGUUGUCGUUGUCGUUGUUAUUGCCGUUGUAAACCGAAGCUAUGGGUAUAAGCUGGACUGGCUUUCUCUUGACCUACCUGCUUGGUGGUGUCACUUUUAUCCCUCUUCUUAUCGUCGUCGUUUUGCUCCACGCACACUAUACCUUCCCCGUUCGCAACGAUGAAACGAGUAGUAAUAGCAGCAGCAAUGCUGACGACAAUAUUGUUCAACCUGGCGAUGAAAUAACCGCACUCCGAGAAGCUCAGAAGGAUGAUUCGAAACAGCGCCUUCUGGCCGAGUCCGACACAGCCGCCGGCUACUUCGCUGUAUGCCGUGAAUAUACCCCCAUGGGCAUCAAUGCCAAACCGAUCGAACGUUCUACCCCUGUCGGAUCGACCACCGUCGCUGCGCCGAGCCCCAGUGUAUACCAAACCAUGUACAGAAGUAUAUUCGAUAGGAAACCAGCUCCCAAUCCACUCGAUGAUAGUAAAGGCGUCAGCCAGCGACCUAAGAAAGCUGGGAACGUCUUCUACGUUGUAUUGAGACAUGGCCACCUCAUGUUAUUCGACGACGACGAGCAAAUCGAAGUUCGACAUGUCAUUUCUUUAGCACACCACGACAUCAGCAUAUAUUCUGGAUCAGAUCCUACACCCGAGGGCGAGUUGUUCAUUAAGCGAAAUGCGUUGCGUUUGAGCAGGAAGACAAAUAAGAAAAGCUUGGCUCCGGACACCCAGGUGUCGAAACCGUUCUAUCUGUUCUCCGAGAAUUGCUCCGCCAAGGAAGACUUCUAUUUCGCUCUACUCAGAAACCAAGAGCAGAACUUCACUGGUCAAAACCUAGCCCCCAAGCCUCAGCAGUUCGAUGUCAAGAACAUCAUAUCGCUAGUUCAGAAACUCCACUCUUCCGAGGACCACCUGCAGACGCGAUGGCUGAAUGCCUUCAUAGGAAGAAUGUUCCUCGGCAUAUAUAAGACUAAGGAUGCAGAAAACCUCAUCAGGGAAAAAAUCACAAAGAAGAUAUCUCGGGUCAAUCGGCCAUCGUUUCUCACUAGGUUAACUAUUCAGGGUAUCGACACCGGCAAUUCAGCACCCUACUUCAUGAACCCAAAACUCAAGGAAUUCAGCGUCGAAGGAGAAUGCGGUAUGGAGGCCGAUGUUAAAUAUACUGGCAAUUUCAGGCUUGAGGUCGCUGCUACAGCACGGAUCGACCUGGGAACUCGCUUCAAGGCUCGCGAAGUUAAUCUCGUUCUUGCUGUGGUUUUAAGGAAGCUCGAAGGACACAUUCUCUUCAAGAUCAAACCUCCUCCCAGCAACCGUUUAUGGUUCUCUUUCCAGUCCAUGCCUAAAAUGGAGACGACCAUCGAGCCCAUUGUGAGUUCAAGGCAAAUUACUUACACCGUCAUCCUUCGACAGAUCGAAAACAGGAUAAAGGAGGUGGUGGCCGAAACACUAGUAGCACCGUUUUGGGAUGAUAUCCCUUUCUUUAAUACUGAGCAUAAGCAAUGGCGCGGGGGUAUAUUCGAAGGGGAUGAUGCUGUUGAACGAUCACCGGACCACGAAACUAUUGCGGCACAACUUGGAGAGGUAGACGAGGUUAGCCAGAUCGAGGAGAAUGGCCUCGGUACGACAUCCGAGAUUCCCUCGUUGGAGAAGAGCCACAGUGUACCCGUUAUAGAUACCACUCAGGCAACGCAAACAGCUCAAACAAACCAGUCUCAAGGGUUUUGGAGUAGGAAACUGAACCCCAAGAAGAGUUUACAGAACAUUAUUGCCCAGACCGCGUCUGCGUCUGUAUCUACGACGACUCUCGAAGUAAAGAGUCCGCGAAGUUCAGCAUCUGAAGUAUUGCGUCCCCGAUCAGGGUCAAUCACGGCAUCAAGUCCUAUUGUUGGCACAGACCCUGUUCAUGCCGAUACCUUCAGACCAUCCUCGAGUCCUCCGGAUCGGGACGGUGCAAUUAAUAUUAUAGCGAGUCUCUCCGCCAGAUCUAAGAGCAACUCGCCAGCGCAUACACCUCUUGUUUCACCUUCAGGGGCGUCUUCACUUGCGCAAACGACCAAUGCUUCUACAAGCUCGUCAUCUGAGGCUAUUCCCGAAGCACGUGACGAAAUCACCCCUACAACAAAGGAGAGACGGCAAACUACUUCCUCAACAGCAAGUAACGAAAGCGAUGUUGCACAUCCGCCGUCGCCUGCACCGUCUAGCAAGGCUUCCAUAAAGAGCGGUACUGGCUCAAUUGGAAGGACCUUCUUCUCGCGCAAGGAAAGUAUUUCUUCAAUAGCACCAUCUACUAAUUCGACUGGAGGGACGUCCGAAACAAACGGGCGCAAAACCUUAGCCGCCAUGUCUAAUGCUGCCGCAACAGCAAAACGCUGGGGCUUGAACGCGAUACAGCGGACGGACCGGACUGGUGUUAAUGGCCGGAAAAUGUCUGACCCUCCAAUAGACUUGAACCAACCUAUGGGACGAGGACAGCCGUUACCGCCGCCAGGGACCCCCCUUCCUGGACCCGGGAAGAAAGCAGCACCAAUGCCAAUUGCAUUGAAACGCAAGGUCGACCCGCCCCCGACAAUGUCACGUCAGAGCACAGGAAACCUAAGCGAAACGACGAAAUCAGAAAGGCGGCCAGUACCUCCACCGCCCCUACCGUCGAGACGCAGAAGAUCACAGAUACACAGCCUUGACAAUGUCGAGGGUAGCAACAACGAUGAUAACGUCUUUGUUGUUGCGGCCCCGGUAAUGGAUACGUCGGAACCGAAUAGCCCAGCAUUCCUAAACAUGGAGAUUGAAGAUGAACAAUCAGAGGCCUCACCUGCAUACAUCCAACCUUGGGUCGAAGACGCAGAGGAACUCGAUGGAGAGCCGAAUGAGAGUUUAGGAUUAAGAGAUGAGGAUGAGGAUUCAAUUGAAUUGAAAACGGGUGCGGGUUCGAGUGCGAACAAAAGAACCCCCCCGGAUUUGCCUCCUAGGGUAAAUUCAAUGGAGCAACAGGAGACAAAGUUGGCAGAAGAGUACGAAGAGGAAGACGGAUACUCGAACUGGAUUGACGGUUCGGGAUUCACGCCACCUGCCGUGGACGGUGCUGGCAAUGGUACUCCUACUGCUACUGCUGUGAAUUGAAGGGUGGAAACAGAAGCAGAAGGCAGUUGCAUUCAUUCAAAUGGACUAAUCUGUCAUAUGAGCGAACGGGUUCCUAUUCAACAAGCUACUCGCAGUCUUCCAUUGAACGGACAUACGUAUAGCUACAGCUAUUACAUGGAAAUAGAUGGCUAAAGAGAGCUUGACUAAUUAGGCACGCACCGCUUGGUCGGCGUGCAACAUUUCUACAUACCAGGGGCGAAGGACCCCUUUGCCUCAACGAGGCGAAUUGUAGGAAUAGGAGGAGACAUACACAAGGAACAUGCAUUCGGGACUAGGUAAUAUCGCUGUCUCGGGUAAGCAGGGUACGGAGUUUUUAGGCGCGGAACGCUCCACUGGCACAUACAUAUAUAUACCAUACCAUACCUAUUCGUUCUCGGUAUGAGUACACUCCAUACCUGCACACUCAAUAGGUCGGUGUUGGGGUCUGUUUCGGUUUCGGUUUGGUCUGGGAGAGGUAGGGGGUUAGGUUAGGGUAGGUUAGGUUAGGUUCUUGGGAAUCUAGACAGGUAAUGCUGGAUUACAUGUAGAUCACCGCUACCUAGUAACUUAUAACUUACAUAUAUAUAUCUAUACACACUACUCAAGGGCACCUACCUAGUAGUUUAGGGGGGAAGGUAGGUAGGUAGGUAGGUAGGU